AUUAUUGGUAAAGGUGCCGGAGGCUCUGUCUACCCACUAUACGAUAAGGCCCAUAACCAUUUGUAUGCCAUGAAGAAGUUGAGAUUGCAAAUGUCUAGGGAAAACUGGGUCUCUUAUGAAACUAAAUUAAAGAACGAAUUUCGCAUAGCAAACAAGCUACACCACCAAAACUUGAUCCGUACUUACGACCUUUUACAGGAUAACGACUUAUUCAUCAUUGUCAUGGAUUACGCUCCUUUUGAUUUCUUCACAAUAGUUAUGGCUGGUGUUUUGACUAAACAUGAGAUCUACUGCUAUUUCAAGCAAAUGUGUAUUGGCGUUUCGUACAUGCAUUCUAUCGGUUUGGCUCACAGAGAUUUGAAAUUGGACAACUGUGUUGUUGAUGCAAAUGGUAUUUUGAAGUUGGUUGAUUUUGGUUCUUCCGUCAUCUUCGAUAUGAAGCGUUAUAAUCAAGAAGGUGAAAGCAGGGAAGUAGAGAAAGCCUCUGGUAUAAUGGGCAGUGACCCUUACUUAGCUCCAGAAGUCGUUACUUAUCCUUUUUACGAUCCUUCUCUGGCGGACGUCUGGUCUUUAGCAAUCAUUUACUGCUGUAUGAUUUUGCGUCGUUUCCCCUGGAGAGUA